AUGUCGUCCCAGCAGGUUCCUCAGCUCAACGUCGAUCGCUAUGUCGUGAUCCACGUUGCAACGACGUGUGAUGAACACGGUGUCUACGUGACCAAAGACUCUGCUGAGGUCAUUGAGCUCGGAUGGAUUCUUCUUGAUGCCAACUCGCUCGAGGAGGUCUGCCGUGUAGCAAGCCUUACGACUCUCACUUGGGAACACGUUCGAAACGCGGGUACCUUUAGAGACGCUAUCUCUCGAUUCGAUACGUUCGCGACGGAGUACCUGACUUCCAAGAACCUCGACUUCGUUUUUGUCACACUGGACGCCUGGGACCUCCGUGUCCAGCUUCCCCGAGAGGCCCGGGACAAGGCUGUCGUUCUUCCCCCUUAUCUGCAACACUCACGCACAUUCGAUCUUCGAACGGAAUAUCAGCGAUGGCAGCAGCACCACCCGGAGUCUCUGCCUUUUGGUCCCUCAAUGCUGUCCAACAUUUGCGCUGCUCUCGAGGUUGAACCCGUCCAGGCCAGCGCCCCGAUCAAGCACAACCUUCCGUUUCACUUGCAAGCUCUGGCUCCUGCUUCUCCCCGCCGUGCCAUGGAAGAGGCCAUUACUCUGGCCCGUGUUCUUCGUGGCUUGAUCCGAAAGUCACAGCCAUCUCAGGAUCAUCCAGAUGUCUUGACCAGACCUAUGGAUGCUAGAGCCGACGUCCGUGCGUUCCUCUCUGAGAGAAGCAAGGUCCUCCAUAUGUCUGGCCUUCCCCACGACACUACCCAGUCGGAGCUUGAGAGCUGGUUCACUCAGUUUGGCGGUCGACCCAUCGCAUUUUGGACCUUGCGUACUCCUGAGCAGCACAAACCUACCGGAACCGGCUUUGCAGUAUUCUCUUCUCACGAGGAGGCGGCUGAGAGCCUUUGUAUGAAUGGGCGUGCCUUGAAUGAAAAGGCUAUUGAGGUUUCUCCCUCCUCCAGCCGCGUGCUUGACCGCGCCCAGGAUAUUCUCACUCCGUUCCCCCCUAGCAAGAACCGCCCGCGACCUGGCGAUUGGACAUGCCCUUCGUGCGGUUUCUCAAACUUCCAGCGCCGAACUGCUUGUUUCAGAUGCUCAUUCCCUGCUGCUGGAAGUGGUCCAGGUGGUGCCGACGCAGCUGGCGGUUAUGGAUAUGGCGGCGGCUACGGACCUCCUGCCAUGAUGCCGCCUCCACCUCACGGAGGCCAUCAUGGUCCCAUGGGCCACGGUGGUCGUAUGGGCGGUGGUGGUGUCGUCCCUUUUCGUGCUGGUGACUGGAAGUGUGGCAACGAAGUCUGUGGGUAUCACAACUUCGCCAAAAACGUUUGCUGCCUCCGCUGCGGCGCCAGUCGAGCUGGCGCUGCUGUAGUUGCAGAUUCCGGUUAUCCUUCCCCGAUGGACAACUCCUCUCAGUACAGCAUGGCCCAGGGAUCCAUGGCUGGCACUCCUGGCCCCGGUCCCUUCAACUCGAGUAACUCCUUUGGUUCAGGUGCCGGCUACAAUCAACAUUUUGGAGGCCCUCCAAGCCACUUCCUCCCCGCUGGGAUUGGCGGCGGUGCCGGUGGAUAUCCUAGCUCUAUGAACAACCAGACCUUUGCCUCGACUCCCGGGUCACACUCUGCUGGUCCCUUCGAUAGCCGAGCUGCCGAGGCUGCCUUCCAGUCUGCCUCCAACGGGCCUGUGUCUGCCGGUUCUGGACCUUCGAAUCACUUCUACACCAACAACGGCGGCGGAGAAAACGAUCCCUUCGCAUUUCUUUCUGCAGGAAUUGGCGGACUUUCUGUUAGUGGCAAUGACGCUCGACAAAACGGUGGUGGUGCCCCCCCAAGCAAGUCUCCUGCUUAA